GUCGAGAAGGCGAACGGUUGGAAACGUCCGGAAUCGAAGGCAACAGGGAGUUGCGGAUGCCUGAGGCAGGAAUCGACCGACUUUCCCGGCUGACAAUUCGAUUCUGGAUUUUGGUCAUCAACUUUCCAAGCUGUCAACCACCAACCAUGUCGAAGCCUUCCCUCAACCCCAGUUCUCUCCAAACUCGCCUCGCGCAUAUCCUCAAACAUUGGCCUUCCGACGCCGUGCGUCCGGCCUCUGUUUCGGUGCAAAAUUACCUCCAAUCACGCAUCGCAAAGCCUGUAAACGAGUCUACACAGCCGCAAUCUACGCCGGUGUCCACACCAGCACCCAGAGCAGAAAUCUCCGAGUCCUCAGUGAAUGCGCUCUCCGCUCUGCUGGAGAAUCGCUUUGCGCGUCGCUACCCGUUGACGCAGAAGAUCCGAUACCCGGCCAGUGACCCGGAUCAUUAUGACAAUCUCAUUCGCGAGUUCGAGGAGGCACCAAACCGCGAUUGGUUUGGUCGGAUAAAGAAGAGACUCGGUGGUAUUCUGCGGUUGCAGUGA